AUGGGACUCGACGCGGAUGUCGGCAAGUCGCUGUCACCCUCCGCUGCCCCGCAGCAUAGGCGCGGCUAUCAGGCUUGCGAUCCGUGUCGCAAGCGCAAGGUGAAGUGUGACUUGGGCAGCGUCGAUAAUCCUCGUCCCCCGCCCUGUGUACGAUGUCGUCGCGAGAGCAAGCGAUGUGAAUUCUCGGCCACGCGCCGCAAGCGCAAGCUGUCUGAAGCGGCCGAAGACACCGAGGGCCCCGGCCCCGUCCUCCAACGCGACAAGCGUAUGAUGAUCGGGGAGGUCUCUGUAAAAGACCAGCCGACUGAAGGAUCGCCGUUCCCCUCAUCGGAGCCCUCAUUCGACGCCGAGGCCUUUCGCGCGCGCCAGAGAUGGCCAGAGACAACCCCCGCAGCUGCAGCCCAACGGUAUACCCCCAGCGCUCCAAGCUCCUCCACAACCCGGCCCUUCGUGGAAACCAGAACCCCGCGCCUGCCACAAUAUAGUGCUGGAGAUCGCAACUCGGUACCCGUGUAUGGCGGGCAACCGAUGAUGAAUCGGACUGCGGUGGAGCUCUUGUCGCCAGCCAUCACAAACACCCAUGACGCGCUACAUCUACUUUCAGAGGCGGCGGGCAGAACUGAAGACCUCAACCGCCAAAGCCUUGAGAACCGCUACAAUGCCAGACAGUCUGUCUCAUCUUUCAACUCUGGUCCUUCUCCAUUACCACAUGGGAACUCGCCCGGGAAUGUGAGCGGAUCAUUCUCACGGACUCCGCGAUCCGGCUUGUCUGUUGCUGGUAACAAUGGCUAUUUCCAUGGUGGUGGAUCAGGUAUCAUGGACUCCCAGAUAUCUGAAGCUGUUGAUCAACAGGAGGGUCCCGCCCAAACUCAAGACCCGGGGUAUAUCGAUGCAGUUCGGGCUUGGUCUCGGCUGCGGUUCGUUCGUGCUGGUUGGAUGACAGUGGAAGAAGGCAUGGAUUAUGUGGCAUAUUACUACGAGAACCUUGCUCCCAUGAGCCCUGUUGUAACACCGGACUACUCACAGCCUUCUACGCAUCGAACAUUGCUCACAGAAGAGCCAGUGCUAGCGGUGACUAUUCUCACCAUUGCUUCUCGGCAUUUGAAGCCCCAGGGGGACGGGGCGAGCACUCGGGCAUUUUAUAUUCACGACCGUCUCUGGUCAUAUCUUCGCGGUAUGAUUGAAAGGCUCUUUUGGGGCCAAGAGAAGUUUGAUGCAAGCGGGCCUGGGGUUCGGGGACCUCGAGGAUUGGAUUUGGCGCCAACUUCGGGAAGACCCAAUGUGAAAGGUAACUUGAGAGCUCUUGGGACUGUGGAAGCCCUCUUGAUUCUCACGGACUGGCACCCAAGGAACCUCCAUUUCCCGCCGGGUGAUGAUGAGAAUACGCUUCUAGACACAGAGGCGCAGGCGCAUGGUCAUGACAAUCUGGAUGGUGAUGACCAUGCGGGUGUUAAAGGACCCGCUGCCUCUGCAGAAGGAAGACUGGCGUUCCAAAAGUGGCUGGAGCCUGCGUGGCGAUCGGAUCGAAUGUCGUGGAUGCUGCUCAGUACCGCGCAAGCCUUGGCUUUCGAACUCGGUGUUUUUGACCAAAAGAGUGAGCCCAAAGGCGCUCCCGAGACCCCAACCGAGCAAGCAAGGAAACGUAGACUACGACGGUUGAUUCUCGUUUUCAUCACGCACAGCAGUGGACGUCUUGGGAUUCCAUCCAUGCUCCCGUUGCCCGAAUGGGGCCAGGACCCUGCUUCGACCACCCCGGAUACCAACGAAGGCGACUCGGAUUUGGACCGGAUGCAAGAUUGUUGGAUGGGUAUCUCUAAGAUUGUAUAUCAGGCCAACCACCAGCUUUUUGCUUCGACAGAGCAGACCUCUGAAUUGAUUCGAAGUGGGAAGUACCGAGAGCGCAUAGACUGGUUUCAGCCUCAGUUGCGCGAGUUCCGACAGAACCUAGACCGAGUUAACUUGACACCCGCCAUGCGAAGCGUCUUGAUCAUUGAAUAUGAGUAUACACGCCUCUACGUCAAUUCUCUGGCUUUGCAAGCGGUUGUCGACCGUUGGACUACCAUGUCCAACGAGUCUGGUCAGGCUGGACGUCCAGGUAUGGGGCCGUCGGCAGGCAGCAGUGGUUGGUUCCGGACCCUGAUGGAGCUCUAUCGUGUCAAUGAGCAAUAUAUUCAAGAGGUCGUGGAUGCUUCCCGGCGAAUCCUCCAGACCGUUUUGGACGGACUCGUUCCCGGGGGCCGUCUGAAGCAUGCCCCGAUUCGGACUUUCUUCCGCAUAUUAUCUGGCAUGAUUUUUAUUUUGAAAGCUUUCACAUUGGGUGCUCGAGAAGACGAUGUGCGAGUCUCUUUGGAUCUUCAAGACCGGACCGUGGAGGCGUUGCGGACCUUUGUCGUGGAUGAUGUGCACAUUAGCAACACUGUCGCACGGUUGCUCGAGCUUUUGACCAGUAGCAUUCGAACGCGCUUCUUGCGUUUCGCACCGCAUGACCGUGGUGCCGAUGGUGAGGCACACGACCGCGGUUCAGCACCAGUUUCACGAGCCCAGUCCCCGCCGCGCGAGGCCGUAUCGGGUCGCCGUGAUGGCCCACAAACCCCUUGGUCAUCCGCCCACGGCCAAGAUGCAACUCCGAGCGGAAGUGGAUUGGGAUAUGUGGAGAGUAACGGCGCCAUUGGGUCGGGUCACGAUCCUUUGGCCAGUAUCCCUUCACAGCCCAUUAACUCUUCCAACCUGAACGUCUCUUUCAUGCCACCUCCGCCAUCCGUGUACUACAACUACUAUGAUUCCAAUGCCACCAUGCCGACGAAUGAUAUGGGACGGUCCUCACCAAACCAUGUUGUCUCGUCGCAGACGGUUGGAGACACGAACGGGGCGGGCAGUACGUCGGGCACUCUGGACUGGUUUGCCUUGCCACUAGAUCAAUUCUUUAACAGCUCCACCGGGGUGGUCGACCAAGGUUUAGGUGGAACUGGGCCGAUGCUAGGCGAGUUCGAUAUGCUUGAGGUGCUGCUCAACGAGGGAUAUGAUGGCAAUGCCAACGGCGAGGGCGAGUCUGGAGGUGGGGCGCUCGCGUCUCAGUUUCUGCCCUGA